CAUUAUGUAAUUUUGAAAAACCCUGAUGGAAGAUCUUGUAGAGUGUUUUUUUCCUCCUCCCAUCGUUAUUAUUAUGAUUGCGGCACCUCCACCCAUUUCAUUUGGGUGACCGGCAGCGUGUGUUUAACAUUCCCGAGCACAGCCUACCCAAUCCAAUCCGAAACGGCUCCCGACCUGGGGAUUGAGCCGGCAACCGAGUUGAGCAGGGAUUACCAUUCGUCGCUGCGGGAUACGCGCGCUCGCUCGCUCGCUCUUCUCUCCCUCUCUCUCUCAGUCUCUCGCUCGCUCUGUCGCUGACACACAACAUCGCAAACACAAACACUCGCUCUUCUAUUCAACCCGUAACCACCUCAGGUCCCUCGGGCGCUCUCUCUCUCUCUCUUGGCCUGUAUCGCUGAUGGAGGCUGACCGCUAACAUGAGCAUCGCGGGAGUGCACCGUGGAUUCCUCAAGAAGUAUGGUGGUUUUAUGUUCAAACAGUGGAAGGAGAAGUACCUCAUUCUGACCGCAGAGGGAAGUGUUUUGGUCUGUCGCGAUGCAGAGUCACCGGCCGACCAGGUGGUGGCGCUGCAGGGCGGCUGCGAGGCCAUCGUGGAGGGCAGGGAGAUCCUGGAUCUGCCCCGGUUGCCCCCCGGGGGCCGCAGGGACUGCUGCCUGGCGCUGAUUCUGCCCCAGGACAAGUUCCUGCUGCUGCUGGCCGACAGCCCCAGUGACUGCAGCCAAUGGCUGAACGUGCUGAGGAAAGCGAAAGAGAGUGUCUUUUCACCCCCGGCCCACUCCUGCAAGCGGCACCAGUCCCUGACCCCCUGCAUCACGGACAGAGACCCCCUCCCUGACUCCAUCACAGAACGGACGGCCACCAGGAGGCUGAGUGAACGGGCCCCCCCAUCCCCCGGGAUCGGUGACACCCCCCAGAGCAGGAUGAGAGGAAACAAGUCCCCACGGUCGCCAAAGAGCCCGGGGAUACCGUCCCGCCAACGUUCCGUCGGCUGCCUGCGCCACGGCAACAGCAGCGACGCGCGGGCGGUGAGGGCCGUGUACCUGCUGAUGGGCGGGGCUGCCGCCUCCUCGGCCCUCGGCUACCUGGGCUCCUGCCCCCCCUCUGGCCACGACGCCCGGCCCCCCGAGCACAUGGCCCCCGCCGCAGACUUCUCCGACAUGGGGGGCGGGGCGGCGUACCACGCCUGCGGCCAGGCCGCCGACCCCCCCAACUUCCACAGCUUCGACUUCGAGGCGGACUCCGACUUCGAUACUUUCGACUGCGGGGGGUUCGCCUUCUAGGGGAGCACAGGCCCCGAAGUCUAGUACUCCCGCUGAAAUAACCUCUCCUUAUACAGCCCCCCCAUGUAACUGCAACCAGGGGCGUAGCAUGAUGUUCAGGGCCUUGUCUCUGUGGGCACCCUUUUCCUUUUUAGUCCAGGCCUUUUGUGCCCCCCCCCCCCCCCGCCACCUGCCCCUCCCUUCCUGGGCCCUGGCUAGUCAGGUCCACUAUUCCCCCCCACUGCGAUGCCCCUGACUGCAAUCAUAGAAAUAUGAUCCCCAGAAACUGUUUGAAAUAUUCUGGAUCUUUCUCUUUUUGAUACGAUGUUGUCACGGUUUUUGAUUAUGGUUAUGAUUUGUGUUUUGCGCCGUUCACGCAGUUGUGAUGUGUCUGCCGCUCAUUUUUUUCUGCCUUUUUUAUCCAGUUUUUGUAUCGUUUUUGUAUCUGUGCUGAAAAUCAGUAACUCCUCUUCCGUCUAUCUUUGUGACCGUUUCUGACCCCAACACUCUUCUUAACCCCAACCUACAUUUAUAAUCUGAUCUAUUGCUGUUGUUUCUUUUUUCUCUCCGUCUCCACCGUUUCUCUCCCUUCCUCUCCCUCACCCUGUCUCUCUCCGCCCCCAUUCUAACCCAGCUGUCUCACUCCUUUCACAUUCCCUAUAUCUCUCUAAAUAUCUCUCUGUAUCUCUGUAAAUUAAUCCCAGAGGCGAUCUCUGAAAUAAAGAUGGCGGUUGUAACGGC